AUGAAUUUUUUCUUCAGAGACUCUCGCAGCUCUUUGGAUUACGAUUAUUUCGGAGAUGUGUUGUCUGUAGAUAGUACAUAUCAGACCAACAAAUACAAGCUUGUUUGUGUUCCUUUUAUUGGUGUGAACCAUCAUUUGAAGAAUGUUAUGUUUGGAAUUGGUUUCCUAUCUGAUGAAACCACCCGAUCUUACGAAUGGUUACUUUUCACUUUCUUGGAGUCUAUGCAUUCGAAACAACCGGACAUAAUUUUUACGGAUCAAUGCCAAUCACUUAUGGAUGCAAUUGAUUCCGUAUUCCCGAGAGCUAGUCAUCGUCUAUGUCAGUGGCAUAUCAACCAAAACGCGCCAUCCCAUUUUGGGAAGUUGAAUGGGAAUUCACUCUUCAAAAAAGCUUGGUUUCAUUAUAUGAAUGGAUGUGACACUGAGGAUGAAUUUGAAUUAACGUGGAUGUGUAUGAUUGAUGAAUACGGGCUUGCCCAGAAUAGAUGGUUUAAUACCAUGUACGGGUUGAAAAAGAGGUGGUCGUCUGUCUUUACAAAUCAGCAAUUUUGUACCGGCCUACAUGUAACAUCGCGUAGUGAGGUAACAAACAAGGUUAUUAAGAACCUUUGUAGUGCAAACAUAUCAUUACAUGAUUUUGUGCUUAAGUUUGAAGAAGUACAAAUUCAAUGGCGGCGAAAAGAAGCUGAGGAUGAUGCACUCUGUAUAGGAAUGCCAGGGUUAUUUGUGCAAAACAAUGAAUUGUUGAAUAGUGCAGCUAAAUUCUUGACACGAAGUGUCUUUCGAAAAUUGGAGCAUGAGGCUAGUUAUUCAAUGAAUGUUGAUUUAAUCAAAGGGCCAUCAAGUUAUUCUUCGGAUGACAUAGAAUUCACCGUGUCUUCUGGUAACUCUGGUGGGAACCCGAGGGUUGUUAAAUUCAAUAGGUCAAGUGACCUUACUACCUGCACCUGUCGUCUUUUCGAAACAGCGGGAUUUUUGUGUUCUCACAUUUUCAAGAUUUAUUAUCUUAUGAAUGUGAAAAGCAUUCCAAAAGAAUAUUUGUUGAAGAGACUAUCUCGGUUGGCGAAGAAUAGAAUUUCGAUGAAUCUAGAUUUCUGCAACGCUGUAGAGAAUGAUCCGGAGAUGCAUAUAUCCAGUUUGGCCUUUGUGAAUCACUUGAUGCAGUCGACAUAUGAUCUUGCCGAAUAUGCAAAACUGCAUAGUGAUAAGCGUGGCCUUAUUAUGAACCGCCUAGUAUUAUUGCGUGAGGAGGUUUAUGGUUCGGAAGAAGUGUCAAAUGCCUCGGCAAGAAAAAAGCCUAACUUGCCGAAAGGAGGUGUUGCAUUUCGAAAUCCGAAAGUGGCAAAAACACGUGGUGAAACGAAUGCAAGAAUUGAAAGACACUGGGAUAGAUCUAAAGGCAAGGGCAAGGACAAAAUACCGAAGAAGAAAGCAAGUUGUGAAACUCGUGCAUCUCAGAAACGUAAGUUGCAGCACUCGGACAAUGUUGGGAACUGUACAUCGUUUGAUAUGCCAUGUGGUUCUCAGGCUACUGCUAAUCCUAAUGGCACACCUACUUCUCCAUGGACUCAUUCUGAUUCUGUGGCAUAUGCCAAAAUUAUUGAUAAUGAAGAAUCUGUAAAUCUCACUCCAACUGACGACUCUAAAGGUUGCCAAACUCGUCCAUCUCACAAACGUAAGUUGCACCACUCCGACGAUGUUAGUAACCGUGCACCCUUUGCUAUGCCAUCGGCUUGUCAUGAUAAUGAUGACCCAUAUGACACUUGGGAUGAAAAUUUUGGUUGGAUUCGUGCUGAUGCUAGGACAUAUGUAAAGAUUAUUGAUAAUGAAGAACCAGUAAUACCCAAUCUGGAUGACGACUAUGAGGACUUGGACUUGAACUUUAGUCUUUCAAGGAUUUGA